UUACGCCCAUUUGUUUUGACCGGUAAUAUAAGCCUUUGAGUGUUGUUUUACUUAUUAUAGCAAACAAUAAGUCAAACAAUUUAUUAUUGAUUUCAUUACCGAUAAUAAUAUUAAUAAACAAAUACACGUUUUGUGUGACCACUGACUGACCCGAAACUAUUAGGUCCACAAUAUUUUUUAUCAAUUGAUUUGAUAAUAACCAUUGAUGGCUAAGAGCAAGAAGAGACAAUCAUCGAGUCGGACGAAGUCACCGAAAAAGGUGAAGACAGCCGACGAUAGCGAAUCUGUUGGCGAAGAGGAGGUGAAUGAGGACGAGAGCGGAGGCGAUGACGGCGGAGAUGGACAGUAUGUGGUCGAGAAAGUGGUGGAUAAGAGACGCCGAAACAACAAAGUUGAAUAYAUGAUUAAAUGGCAGGGAUAUGAUGACAAUGACAACACGUGGGAACCUCUUCUAAAUCUGGACUGUCAGGAAUUGAUUGAUGAAUACGAAGCCACAGUUAAGUCAUUACAGACGUUGCCGUCGACAUCAAAGUCGUCAUCAAAGAAGUCAUCGACGGCCGCAUCGGCUUCGACUCGUGAGUCGCGCACCACUCGUGACUCAAUUGGCUUUUCCAGGGGUUAUGAGGCGGAGAAAAUCAUUGGCAUUACAGAACUAAACGGUGAGCUCCUGUAUCUGGUUCAAUGGCAGGGAGGUAUCGAUGCCGACUUAGUGCCGGCUAGUAUUGCAAACCACAAAUGCCCGCAAAUUGUUAUACAAUUUUAUCAGGAGAGGAUCCGAUUCAAAAACAAUAAACGCUAUUAAUUAUAACAUUCAUAAUCUUGACAUUUCAUAACA